AUGCCUACCUUAGCGGAAGAAAGCAACAUUGGCUCAGCCAGCGCGGCGCAGCUGCGGAUCAUCAGCUGCGCUGAACUACAGAAUGAGGACCCGCGCGCCCUCAAAGAUAUUCUCCUAGCUGCCACGGAGGAUGGUAUCUUCCAUCUUGACUUUGGGGGCAGCGGCAAGAUGGACUUGAGUCGCACGAUCAAAGAUGUGGAGAAGCUUAGUCGUGCCAUCUUCGACAUGCCCGUUGAAGAGAAGCUGUUAUUCGAUGUGGAUGCUAUGGGGAAGCUCAAGCGAAACGGUUAUAAGCCAAUUGGUAGGAACAAAGGCGGCAUCGAGGGCCAACGAGACGGCUUCGAAAGCUACGCUAUUUCUCGAGACACCAUAGAUAUGUCGCCAGGUCUCGCAGUUCGGCAUCCUGACGUAGUUGCCGAGUAUGGAGAGGCUCUCACUGAGCUGACUUCCACCUGCCUGGACAUGACGCGGCUGAUAUUCAAGGCGCUUUCUAAAGCAUUCGAUCUCCCGGGCGGUGAUUCAUUCGAGUCUCGCCACGACUCGAAGGCGUCACCAUUGGACCUUCUCCGCUUGCUCAAGUAUCCCAACGCCAUUGGAGACGGCGCGUUUGGCAUCCCUCAGCUGGCUCACGCCGACAUGGGCUCACUCACAUUUCUCUUCACGGGCUCCCCUGGGCUCCAGAUUCUUCCAGCGGGUACCAAGCUGUGGCGCAAUGUGUAUCCCGUGCCAGGCCAUGCCAUUGUCAACUUUGGCGACGCCAUGAAGAUUCUCAGCGGUGGGAAGAUUGAAAGCGUGUUGCACCGAGUGGUCACUGUGCCAGCGAAGCAAGUCCAGGAUAGAUAUAGCUUUGCGUUUUUGGUACGGCCUACGCCGUCGGCACAGAUGGCUGCUCUACCUCGUUUCCGCGGCGAAAUGGAGGUGGCCGGCAAGGCAUCUAUGACCUGCGAGGAAUGGGUUUCAAUGAGAUUCAGCCAGCUACGAGCGAAAUAG